CCGCGGUGCGGUGCACUUGUGCGUGUUCACGAAGAUGUGCGCUUCCGUGGUGAUGAAGUCUCGCGCUGGUCUGCAGCGGCGCUAGGUCCGAACCGAGCCGAAGACACGCCGUUGAAGCCCACCUGACAUGGCUCCCUCCUCCGACCCCGCUUCCCGUCUGCUCGGGCUCCUCACUCUGCUGGUUCUGGUCUCCGUCGCCGCUGCCAGCCACGAUGAGAACAACCGCACGGUCCGGGGCGAGGACGAGCCGCUUCACCGCACCAACGCCAGCGGUCACGGCAAGAAGGCUUUCCCGGUGCUGUCGUUCAACUACCACCACGUGGGGGAGCCGUUCGAGAUCUCCCUGUGGGUCCUGCUGGCGCUGCUCAUGAAACUGGGUUUCCACGUUAUCCCCAGAGUUUCCGGCAUAGUUCCGGAGAGCUGCCUGCUGAUCGUGGUCGGCCUCCUGGUGGGUGGAAUCAUGCGAACGAGUGAAGUCCCGGUCCUUGACUCCAGACUGUUCUUCCUCUACCUGCUGCCUCCCAUCAUCCUGGACGCGGGCUACUUCCUGCCCAUCCGGCCCUUCACAGAGAACCUGGGCACCAUCCUGGUGUUUGCUGUGGUGGGAACUCUGUGGAACGCCUUUUUCAUCGGAGGGAUGAUGUACGUGGUGUGCCAGGUAGAGGGCGCUCAGUUGGCCAGCGUGGACCUGCUGUCCUGCCUGUUGUUCGGCUCCAUCAUCUCAGCCGUGGACCCUGUGGCCGUGCUGGCCGUGUUCGAGGAGAUUCACAUCAACGAGCUUCUGCAUAUCCUGGUGUUUGGGGAGUCGCUGCUCAACGACGCAGUCACUGUCGUGUUGUACCACCUGUUUGAGGAGUUCUCCCAUGCUGGGACAGUGACGGUGCAGGACGCUCUCCUGGGUGUGGUCUGCUUCUUCGUAGUCUCUCUGGGAGGCGUCAUUGUGGGAGUCUUUUACGGCGUGCUGGGUGCCUUCACUUCCCGCUUCACGUCACACACGCGUGUCAUCGAACCGUUGUUCGUCUUCCUCUACAGCUACAUGGCCUACCUGUCUGCUGAGGUCUUCCAUCUGUCGGGAAUCAUGUCCUUGAUCGCGUGUGGCGUGGUGAUGCGGCCGUACGUGGAGGCCAACAUAUCGCACAAGUCCUACACCACCGUCACCUACUUCCUGAAGAUGUGGAGCAGCGUGAGUGAGACGUUGAUCUUCAUCUUCCUGGGUGUUUCGACGGUGGCCGGGUAUCAUGAGUGGAACUGGACCUUCGUCGUCAGCACCCUGGUGCUCUGCCUGGUGUCCAGAGUGAUUGGUGUGGUGGGCCUGACCUUCGUCAUCAAUAAGUUCCGCGUGGUCAAGUUGACCAAGAAAGACCAGUUCAUCGUGGCCUACGGGGGUCUGAGGGGAGCCAUCGCCUUCUCCCUGGCCUUCCUGCUGACGGAGACGAAGAUGAAGAACCUGUUCCUCACCGCCAUCAUCACCGUCAUCUUCUUCACCGUCUUUGUUCAGGGAAUGACCAUCCGGCCUCUGGUGGAACUCCUCGCGGUAAAGAGACGGAAGGAGAGCGACGAGUCUAUCAACGAAGAGAUUCACACGCAGUUCCUGGAUCAUGUGGUCACUGGAAUCACAAACAUCUGUGGUCAUUAUGGUCAUCACCACUGGAAAGACAAGUUCGACCGCUUCAACAAGGCCUACCUGAAGAGGUGGCUGAUCGCAGGCGAGCGAUCCAUGGAGCCGGAGCUUCUUUCCUUCUACAACAGGAUGGAGAUGAAGCAAGUGAUGAUGAUGGUGGAGAGUGGCAGUGCGGUCUCCAUGCAGAGCCUCCAGCAGAGAGAACCCAUCAUACCAAAGGUGAAGCCGGUCAUCUCGAAGAGACGUGAGGAGGAGAUCCGCAAGAUUCUUCGCUCCAACAUGCAGAAGACCAGGCAGCGGCUGCGUUCCUACAGUCGACAUGACCUCAUGGUCGACCCCUUCGAGGAGGACGUCAGCGAGGUCCGGUUCAGGAAGCAACGAGUCGCGAUGGAGAGGAGGAUGAGUCACUAUCUGACCGUCCCUGCCAAGAGCCCAGAAAGACCUUCUGUGAAGAAAGUCAACUUCGAUGCAGACUUGCAGGUUUACAGCUACGAUCCCAGUAAAGAAUCCAGGGGCCCCCCGGCUCGCAGCAGCCGCAGCCCCUCGGACUCCAUCGUCUUGCUGUCGGAGUCGACACCGGGGUCCCUCAAGAGCGAGUGAUGAAGGGAAAAGAAGCACACUGAUCCAAAGAGAUAUCACAGUGCAGCACAUCAGCGAAGAUCCAAGCUCGACAGAUCCAUCGUCACAUGACUCACAGGAUGUUGUUCUCAGGGAAUAUCUGAUGUUGCUGCAACUUUAUGUUCAUAUCGUGAGCGUUCUGUGUGUCCCUCGCUGCAGUGACCAAAGGCUGAAAUGCAAAGUGUCUUUAUCCAAAUGUCACAUUCGACCGUUCAAACCCGCAAACAUCUCAACUGAUCACGUCCCACUAGUGAUCCAUCAACGUCUUUAAACCCUAAUCAUUUUUAAAAACUCACCUCUGAAGGGAAACCUGCACGCUGCUAUAAUCGUUCAGUAUAGAUGCAAAUCAAAGCACAGAGGAAUAUAUUUCGGGAGGAUCCAUCUGCUCUCCUUGGAGAGUCUGGUGGUAGUCAUAGUCUGUAUUUUUGCUGUUUCAGCUGAGCUUUAAUUCAGUGUUAAACAAGUGUCAUGGCCUGUGUGAGGUCCUUUGUAGCUGCGAAGCACUGCCUGAGCUGCUUGCACUUUUUGGCCUUAAGAGAUUUUUGCUGUUAAUAUCUAUGCUUUUGUAUUUUUCUUUUUUUGUUGUUGUUUUUUUUUAUGGCGCUGUUGCAGUGAUGAAAGAAGCUUGAAUUGUUUGCUAUUAAAAGUUGGUCAUGUCGGUGAUAAGGUGUAACUGUACGUCAAAAUAGUCAAUAAAUUCUUGGUGCAAAUGAGAUGCUAAAG